AUGGCUCCAAAGAGAAAGAAUGACACAGCACAAUCAGAUGUCCACCAGAAAAAGAAGAAAGUAGCAAAUGAUGAGGAAAAUGUAGAUGAAGAAUCACAUCAUGAAACAAGUAAAAAUUAUAUAGAAUCAAAAUUAUUUAAAUCUUCAUUUUCGGAGGGUGGUUCUUUUAAAUUAUCAGCAGCUUUUAAUGAAGAUGAAGAGGAUGAAGAAGAGGAAGAAAUGUAUGAACAAUUAUCAGAACAACAACAAGAACAACAACAAUCGGAAAGUACAAUGAUUGAUAGAACAUCUUCACAUAAUAUUAGAAUUUGUAAAGAUCCUUCAUCAUUACCAACUCCCAAUUGGAAUUUAUCAUCAAAAUAUAAUAAGAAACAAUCAUUUCUAUUUCCUCUCUUACCACUUCAGACAGCCAAAGUAAUUGUUGAAAAACAAGUUAAAGAUAAUUCCUAUAAGAAUAUAUUUCAAGAUGUAUCAGUAACUUCAAUAAUACAGAAUAAUUUUAGAGAUUUUGGAAUGUAUGGACAAACAUUCUUUAGAAAGAAUAAUUCAGAAGCCUUGAGAAAACCUGCUCAUGAACAAGUUUCAAUUUCUAGAGCUAAUAGAUUGAGAUUACUUAUUCAAAAUAUUGAAGGUAAACAUAAGAGUAAGAAUAAACAUUAA